UUAACCUUUUCUCUGACUUCCUGGUCACAGUGGGGGUGUAAGGAUUUGCUGUCUAUUGUGCAUUGUGAAAGUUGAUACCACCUUAAUGUAGAUUAAUCAUUGCAGGGUUUUUAAGGUUGGGAGUAGAUGACGGAGAUGUUUUGUGGGAUCUGCUCUGGUUGUCUUAAAACUUUCAGAUAUUGUCUCACUGACGUCCCUUUUGAUCCAACCGCGUUUGAUGCCUUUGGCCCAGUGACCCGUGCAGUCUGUUUGGAGAGCGUGUCCGAUAGCCUCUAGCUAAUCGGCCUUUUGUCUGUCCUCAUAAGACAAGUCCCCCUGCUUUGGCAGAGCACAGGAUUCCGACUGGAGCUUUAGGCCACUGAGAAAGCGAGAGCAGAGAGGCUGGAAGCAGGUGUACCACAGAGGUGGCAGCUUCUCAUGCAUUACUGAUUUGUGACAGACCAGAAAUCAGAUUGCAACGACUGCAAAGGAGAAAAGGGACUGUUUGAAGGGGAAUUAAAAAGAAAAGAAGCCAAAAAAACCCCGUGAUAGAUUCAAAGCUACAAGUUCUAGGGCUGAAGAGGAAAAGUAGGUCUGAGAGUCUGUGAUCCGCAGAUGCAGGUCCGCCCCUCCCCACACACACACACAUACAAAUCACACGAGGUGGAUUUCCGUUUUCAUGCAUUUAGCUGCACAACACAGCAGGGCCACAUACUCACAGAGGAGCUGCUGCAGCAGGACAGGAUGAUGCUUUGAGGAGCAGGAGCACGCCGACAUGCAGUCCACCAUGAACUUCAACGGAAUUCACUGCCAAGUGAGCAAAGACAGUGACAUUCUGGAUAAUACUCUGAGGAAAAAAAGUUCUCUGUGGUACCGGAGAUCUCUGAGGGGAAACGAUGACCGGCAUCGCCACAACGCUGGGACUCUGCCCAGAACAUGCAAGUCCAAACAGAGCAGUUCCAGCUCACUGGUUGAUUACUCCAACCCACAAAGGACCACAAUCAUAUUGGAAAAACAAGACAAUGAAACAUUUGGUUUUGAAAUCCAGACUUACGGCCUGCAGGUGAGAAACAGCUCAGCGGUGGAGAUGUGCACGUUUGUGUGCAGGGUGCAGGAGGACAGCGCUGCAGAGAGUGCUGGCCUGACCGCAGGUGAUGUUAUAAUCACAAUCAACGGGGUGAGCAUUGAAGGAUCAUCCCAUCAGCACAUAGUUGACCUGAUUCGGGAAUCAACCAACAAGCUGAAGAUGGAGACUGCAUGUGGGAGUGUGGUGAAGCGAAUUGAGCUGGAGAAGAAGCUGAAUGGGCUUAAGCAAUCACUACAAGAGAAACUGGUGGAGCUGCAGGCGCUCACAUUACAGGAAAAGCGUCUUGUGCGAGUACCAGGGAACCUGUCUGGCAGCAGCCUCCUCCUCUCCACCGAUUCUUCAGUGAUGCUGAAUUCCCCCACGCCAGGAUGCGGUCUCCAGCGAUUCUCCAGUGACAGCAGCUACAGGAGCACGAUGACCGAUGACAGUGACCAGGCCAGUGUUUUCGAAGACCUGACCUCGCCCAGCCCCUCCAGCGCAGCCAGCACCGCAGAUGACAGCUGCUUCUUCGCCAGGGAUUUUCUGCCACAGGACAGCUUCAGCAUCCUGGGGCAUCAUCGCGCCCUGGCCCGAGCCAGCAGCUCCAGUUUGGCUGGCAGCAGCACCUCCCUCUCCACCUGGGAGGAAACAAGGGUCACCUCGCUGUUUGGUACCCUCCCCAGGAAAGGUCGACGAACCAGCGUCCGCAAACAUAUUCUUAAACUACUCCCCGGACUCCAGCGAUCAGUUGAAGAGGAGGAUGUUGGAACAAACAUCCAAUGACCCAAAUUAAGCCGGACAGAGCUGGUUGGAAUCCAGAAACAGAGAUCACAUGCCUCUGCCAACAUGUCACCUGACAGUAAUUAUUAGAGCGAUAACUCUUAGCAGGAUUACGGAAAAACCACUGAACACAUUUAGGUGAAACUUGGUGAAUGAGCCAAGAAAGAAGGAAUUAACUUUUGGCAGUGAGGGGCACAGCUAACUAAUCUAACUAAUCUAACUGCUAAUCAUGCUAACUGAAGAGUUAGCUGUGAUAAUGUUAAAUGGUAAAUGGCUAAAUGAUUUAGCUGAAGCUACCGCUAACUUUUUAUUAUAUGAAUGUAGCUUUGGCUUGGUGUUUUGUUUGGCUAUAAAAUUUA